CAUCGUAUUCCUGGGGGACGGCAUCAGACUGACAAACACAAACCAGAAGAGAAAGCAAGGGGAUGUCCAUGGACCUUUUCUCCAUCAGACAAACAAUCCCAGCACACCACCAACGCACACACGCACACCCUCCUCGCCUCACCUCCCGACACCUCGGCACCGCUUCCACGUCCACAUAGAGCCAGGAGAAACCGGGAAACCCACACCAUCUUCCACAGAGCCCGCCAGAGAUGUUUUCUUCAGUGACUGAGUCCAGGCUAGAGAUCUUUAAUGUGGCUGAUGGGGUCGAGGGAGGAGAGAAGGCCCCCGCUCAGAACGGAGUACACAUGGUGUUCGAGCGCUUCCUGCAGCCCUGUCUGGCCGAGCUGUUUGGGACCACCCUGUUUGUCUUUGUCGGCUGUGUGUCUGUGAUCGGGAACCAGGGGGUGGAGGGUGUGGUCCAGCCGGCGCUCGCCCAUGGCCUGGCGCUGGGGGUGCUCAUCACUGUCCUGGGGAAGAUCAGUGGUGGUCACUUCAAUCCAGCUGUGUCUCUGAGCUUGUACCCGUGUGGAGGCAUGGAGCUCCCCCUGCUGGGCCCGUACAUGGUAGUCCAGAUGUUGGGGGGGAUGAUAGGCGCCGGUCUGGCCAAGGUAAGAGCUCACACCCGUAGCCAGGUGGCUCCGCUCUGCAUCGGCCUCACCCUCAGCUCCUGCGUCCUCGCCGGAGGGGCCGUGUCCGGGGCCUGUAUGAACCACUACUGGAACUAUCACUGGAUCUACUGGGUGGGGCCCCUCUGUGGGGCCCUUCUCACUGUCACCUUUGUUCGGCUGUUGUUUGGGGACCAGACGACGCGUGUCUUACUGAAAUAAAACAUCUUACGUCGACGGAUCACCGGCAGCACCGCCAUGUUGAUGUCAGACCAAAACAACCAAGAACUUGGGGUCAACUCUGCUCUCAGGAGCAGCUACAUAGAAAUAAAUGUAAAUCCCCUUUAUUUUUGUCCAAUGUAUGUUAAAUUUUUGGAUUCAAAACCCAUUCAUAAACCAUGCAUUUUAAGUAUUUAGUUUAUUCAUGUGUUGAUAAUCAUCAUAUAGGAGUUGUACAAUGUAUUGAAAGUCUGGAGGUGAAUAAAGUUGCAACAAAAAUGUACGCUACAUUGGAGGCACCUACUUUGAUACAGACAAUCAACCUUCUAUGGUUGAUCAAUAUCUACAAUGUGUAACAGUUUAUAAUAGUGUUUAUUGUUUGGGGCAAAGUCCCUAGAUGGAAAACCUUUUAUAUGGCAGAUAUAGGGUUGUUCUUAGAAACACAACACAUAAUCAUAAAACUGUUGCAACAACAAAAAACACUAAGAUUUGAAUUGAUAUGGUUAAAUGGCCAGAAUGUCAUACUGGGUGUUUUGUGUCGUUAACCAAGUGUUAUUGAGGUAAAAAUGCCUAAUUUGUCUAGUGGAUACUCUAUCUGGCUAACUUGAGAUAUAUUCAGGUGGCUUCCAAAUAUAGGCCGCACUUAAGUUGUAUGGAAUAUAAAGUGACGAUUUAAAGAUAAAGUGUACUUUUCCGCCUAUAUUAUGCACAGACAUUCUGCCAAUUCUGCGACGACGAUCGAAGA